AUGGAAAGGUGUACAAAAGUUCAAGAAAGAUGUAAAAAACUGUCUGAAAAGCAUUUCUUUGAUUGUGUGAGAAGUGUACAGUGAGAAUAUGUUGAGAAGUAUAACAGUCGUUGUUUUUAGUUUUUGCUUGAUGCCACAAGCAUUGUUGGCGGGAACUGCAAUGAAAUACAGUAUAAAGACAGAAUGGGAUGGCACCGUCCUUAAACAUGCACCAAUUGAGAUCACACUAAGCUGGAACCAAUCGGAUGAUUUCCUCACAGCAACAUUUGAAGGACCUUUCUUUGAUGAUCCACCUGCGCCAUCUGGUCCACCAGGAAAACCGUUCCCAAAAUUGUGGGAUUAUGAAGUCGCAGAGAUUUUCUUCCUAGCACCAAAUAAUCAAUAUUUGGAAGUAGAAGUUUCUCCACACGGCCAACAUUUGUUGCUUUUAUUGAAUGGAACAAGAAACGCUAUCAAGGACGAACUUCCUAUGCAUUACACCGCCACCAUUUCAACACAACAGAAAACCUGGCAAGGUACAGCACAAAUCCCGUUAUCAUAUCUCCCACACGGUGUUUCGAAAAUGAACGCUUAUGCUAUACAUGGGUCAGGUGAUCAGAGGGUGUAUGAAUCGCUGUACCCAGUUCCGAAAGUAAAAUACACUCAACCUGAUUUUCAUCGUUUGGACUACUUUCAAGAUUUCCAGAUCACGGAUAUCGUAAAAGACACGUCUAGUAUUGGAAAAUAUUGGGAUAAUUUGUAAAUAAAACCAGAUGAAUAUACUGAAUAUACAGUUUUAUAUA